AUGCUUCAUGAUAACCAGACUGUAAUUACAGAGGUUUGGAUAGAAGGACUUCAGGAUCUAAAUGGAAUCAGAAUAUUUCUCUUCCUUAUAAUCUUUACUGUUUAUACUGUCAUCCUAGCUGGGAACAUGCUUGUAAUAUCAAUGGUAAUAUCAAAAAGCAACCUCCAUACACCAAUGUACUUCUUCCUUAGUAACCUGUCAAUUUCUGAAUUAAUUUUUACCACAAAUAUAGUUCCAAAAUUCUUGCAGAUUUUGUGGGCAAGGAAAUGCAAAAUCCCUCUAACUGAAUGUUUAACACAGUUGUAUAUUUGUGGCUCUAUAGCAGCAACAGAAUGUUUUCUACUUGCUGCAAUGUCAUAUGAUCGUUAUGUAGCCAUAUGUAACCCUUUACACUACAAUUAUUUCAUGAGCUUCAGCAUUUGUUACCAAUUGGCUGCCUGGUGUUGGAUAGGUGGCUUUUCCUAUAUGUUGACUACUCUCAUUUUAGUUUGCCAAUUGCACUUCUGUGGUCCAAAUAUAAUUGAUCAUUUCUUUUGUGACUUUGCUCCAAUGUUGGAGAUUUCUUGCUCAGAUGUUUCAAUAGUACAACUGGAGGUAUUUAUUUCUAGUUCAUUGGUAACACUUUUUCCAUUUACUUUCAUUAUUGGAACUUAUGUUUAUAUAAUUCUUACAAUCCUUAAAAUUCCAACUACGACCGGGAGACAAAAAUCCUUUUCAACUUGUAGUUCUCACCUAACUAUUGUAACAAUAUUUUAUGGCACACUUAUUACUGUUUAUGUGAUACCUUCUAGGGGAAAGUCAAACACCAUUAAUAAGAUUUUGUCUCUGAUGUACACAAUUGUGACACCAAUGUUUAACCCAGUUAUAUACAGCCUGAGGAAUCAAGGAAUAAGAAAAGCUAUAGUGAAAGAUUUAAACAUAUAG